AUGAGUGAUGAUAUGGAUUAUUAUUGGCCAUAUUAUAAAAAUGAAAUUUUGAAAUAUCAUGAUAUAAUAAUUUCUUUAAUUAAAGACAAAAUUGAAAAUAAUAAAUAUGCAAAGGGAAAAACUAAAUCACAACUUAAACAAUUGAAAGAUUUCAAAAAUAAAGUAUUAACAGAAAAAGAUAUUGAUGAAUUAUAUAAUUUAUAUAAUCCUGAGCCGCAAAAAACAAAGGAACAAAACGCCAAAGUCCUUCAGACCAUAAAUGAUGCACAAGCUUUAAUUUAUGAUUCAUUAGUUAAACCAUAUUCAGCCCGACUUUUAAAUGAAGAUCAACUUUUGGAAUUCAUCCUUCAACAUAAACUCGAAGCAGGAAAGUAUAUCAAAUCUUUAUAUACAGCA